CUCUCGAUAGCCCCAGCCGCAAGACUCUCCAUACAAACAAUCAUCAUAGUCGUCUGCUUACCGGUGAUGUUUUGUUUUCGGCGGUGCGGUGGUGUUUGUUCCGUGAUGCCCAAAAACGAACUGAUGCACAGUGUUCACUAGCUGAUUUUGUUGUGAUUUACCACGUGUCUCGUCGCUAUAUUGGAUGAGCAGGAAAAGUCUAUCAGUAAAGUUACGAUGAGUGCUGAGGAGCUUGCUGCCGUUGACAAGCUCAAGGUGAUAGAGUUGAAAGCUCGCCUAAGCGACAUUGGGCUGUCGACAGCAGGUCUAAAAGCAGACUUGGCUGGAAGACUUAAACAAUUUCUAAUUGAUCAGGCCUCGCAGACGUCAGCUGGUGGAGAAGACAGUAGCAGUACGAAAGGGUCCGACGGGAACUCCGGAUUCGGCGAAACUUCAUCUCAGGAUAUACCUGAGCAAUAUGCAGUACAAGAAGAAUUUUCAUCAGCUGGGCAGUUUGAGCAACUGGAGGAGCAAGUUCAGUUAAGCGAAAAUUUAUCUGCGGAGCUGCCGCAAGUAGCGUACCCUGUGGAGAACAUGGAGGCUGAGGCGCCUAUACCGCCAGGCGUUGAACCGCAAGUCGAUCAACCAGCUUUGGAGGCUGUAGAAAUACCUGCUCCUGUAUUUGCUGAAGCACCAGACGGUAUAUAUGUGAAACAGCUCGCAACAACUUCUGAGGUGGAUAUUGCACCGCCUUUAGAGGAGCCUUUUAAAGAGUCUUCACCAGAGCAGCCAAAACCAUCUACCCCGGGAGAGCUUGAACCGCCCUCUCUGGGUGAGCCUCAACGGUUUGAUGAAGAAGAGGCCCAGCCACCCUCUCUGGCAUCACCUGGACCACGAAUUCCAUCGGCGGAAAAUGACUCGCACCCGAAUGAGGUGGUACCCGCACAACUUGAAGCCGAGGAGAGUACUGAAGGUGGAGUAGGGAAUGUCGACAAGCGAUGUCCAGAAGAGCAAAUGGAUGUACAGGAUAGUACUGCUGUUGAUGUUGGCGCUGAAGGGGCUACCCAAGUGCUUAAACCUUCUCAAGAUGUCGUAUCGAGGGAAUUACAAGAAAGUAAGGAAAGUAGCGAUAGCCGGGAUUCACCGUCAAACGAAGAUGGAGACAUUAGAGCUGAUGAUCACUACGAAGAACAUCAUGAUUUGCCUAUGAGCCCAGAUCGAGAUGAGAUGGAAAACGAUACUGUGCAAACGCCACCCAGACAUCAACGACAGGAAGAAAACUCAAAUGGCGCCUUCGCAUCCGAUCGUGAAUCUCGCGGAGAAGAGGAAUCACAACAAAGCGCUGGCCAGUCGUAUGGCUCCAUGGAUGAAGUUGUCCGCAAAAAUCUCGAGAUUCUUGAAUCUGUCGAGCGUCAGGCACGCAGAGCUCGUGAACGAAAGACGGUCAAUGUACAAGAAGUAUUACAGCAGAAGGGCAUCCAGUUGCCAGAAAAGAAAGCCAACGAGACUAAGAAUCAGAAGAAAAAGCGCCGAAAGAAAACUCGAAGAAUCAUCAGAACUAUUGAAAAGGAGGCUGUAGGUAGCGAUGGUGAAAGUGCGCGCGACAGUGAGCGCACCGACGUUGAAAUUGACUAUGUGCCGGAUCAGGUUGAGAAAGACCUCUCGUGGUUUCAAUUCUCAAAGGUGUUUGAAAAGUUCAAGUUUGAGGAACCAGUUAUAACUGAAGACGUCAAAGACUCCGUACCAGACGCAAUCACUCAAAAGCUAUCGGAACGCAAAAAGCCAGCGAACUUAACCGACGACGAAGACGAGGAUGAAGAGAAGAAAGACGACGAUACGCCCAAAUUGAGUAAAAAGAAGCUCAAGCAGCUAACGCGAAUGUCGGUUGCUGAGUUAAAGAUUAAAGUGCAUCAUCCCGAGCUGGUAGAAAUGCACGAUGUCACCUCGAAAGAUCCUGUAUUCUUGCUGACGUUGAAGGCAACGCGCAAUUCUGUACCGGUACCUCGCCAUUGGUGUUUUAAAAGAAAAUACCUGCAAGGUAAACGCGGUAUUGAAAAACCACCAUUUGAUCUUCCUGACUUCAUCAAGCGAACAGGUAUUUGCGAAAUGCGGGCUGCGCUACAAGAAAAGGAAGAGGCAAAGACCCUCAAAUCAAAACAGCGCGAAAAAGUUCGUCCUAAAAUGGGCAAAAUUGAUAUUGAUUACCAAAAACUCCACGACGCCUUUUUCAAAUGGCAAGAGAAGCCACGUCUGUCGAUGCACGGAGACCUCUAUUACGAAGGGAAAGAAUUCGAAACGCGCUUAAAGGAGAAAAAGCCGGGAGAAUUGUCUGACGAACUACGAACAGCUCUCGGCAUGCCAACAGGACCAAACGCUCACAAAUGCCCUCCGCCUUGGUUAAUCGCCAUGCAAAGAUAUGGCCCUCCACCCUCAUAUCCUAAUCUCAAGAUACCUGGUUUGAAUGCGGCUAUUCCGGAGGGUUGUUCAUUCGGAUACCAUGCUGGCGGUUGGGGUAAACCGCCUGUGGAUGAAACCGGCAAACCACUGUAUGGAGACGUAUUUGGCGUAACUGGCCAAGACGGUGGUGUCGCACAGGUUGAGCAGGAUAUCGACAAGAUGUAUCUUUUUGGUACACUAGACGAAGAAGCGUCAUCCGAGGAAGAGGAAAGCGAUUCCGAUGAGGACAGCGAUGCGGCAGAAGAGCCUGAUGAAACUGGUCUGGUAACUCCUGCUGAAGGCCUGGCAACUCCAUCUGGAUUGCAAAGUUCACUUAGUCACGCCGGCCUUGAAACGCCCGACGCUAUUGAACUGCGAAAACGCAAAAUUGAAGCGGAAAUGGAAAUGGGUGAUCAGGUACCACAGCUGUACACGGUGCUUGGUGAGCGAAGAAAUGAACGUCUGGGACAUGCAAUGAUGGGCUCCGCUCACACGUACGAGAUACCAGGAACAGCAGGGGCUUUACCGACAGGCAAAAAGGCGCCAGUCGAGUUGGCACUGGAUCCCAGUGAACUGGAGAUGGAUCCUGGAGCCAUGGCAGCGAGAUACGAACAGACCGUCCGCGAACAACAAGGGCAGCUGGCUAAAGAAGACUUUUCUGACAUGGUGGCUGAACAUGCAGCAAAACAGAAAAACAAGCGGAAAGCUCGCGAAGAGGCUGGCGCUGCUGGAGGGAAGAAGAAAUACAAGGAAUUCAAGUUCUAAUCAGUAUAGGAUCGAAAUUCAUGGCGACACUGUACUAAUAGUAGCAAUGACAACGCUAUAUGACGGGCGAAAACGCUUACUGCUGGUGAGCGCUGGGUCUAUUGGCACAGUUUGGCAGUUUCACUUAGAUUUAGCUCGUAGUUUAUAUACCGGACCGACUUUAUUAUUCGCUGUCUGGUAAGUGACAGCGUUUUAUUUUUUGAGUGAAUUAUAUCCGGCGGUUAAGAAAACUGCAAGUCGUAGUAUAUUCUAAAUCUGUAACAACGUAUUAGUGGCUGAAAUUGGAACAUCGUAUUACUUGUGUUAUGUGUAUCUAUCGAAUAAAAGCACACAGACCAUUAAAAAAAAUCAAGAUAUCUAUAUGGACGCAUUGGUUUACUAAGAAACUCAGUAAGUGGAGGUGAAAAGAUAUAGAAGUUAGCACAUCACCAACAGUUUACUCGAUUAUCGACAAUAACAGAAACUCUGUAUAUAUAGUUGUGUAUUCAUGUAUUUGUGCCCGCAUUGGCUCGGGAUGUAAUGCAACAACUGUUGCAUCGUUCUUAGUAUUGAAAUAAAUUAUCAUUAUCAUGAUCACAAAAGUACGUUCCAUAUUCACUUUACUAGUAAUUGGCAUUAGAGCAAUUAGCAAUUGACUGCUAUAGUUGUUUCACUUUUUAAAACUACCUAACAGACAAGGCUGGAGAUAGAUUUGAAGCUUUUGUCUGUUAGUAAUAGUCUGACGAUAGGGUCUCUUAAGCAUUCGCAGAAUGAAGUCCGCCCAUACGCUGGCACAUAAUGAAGAAACUGUUAUAAGGUCCAAUUGGGUAUUUUUCUUGAUAGAACUUCCCUUCGCAUUGGUCAUCUUCGCUUAAUUUGUCUGGGUUUAAAGUUUCUGCACACAUGGAUUAUUCUGAAACAAUUUCACAUUGAUAAUCUAACUCUGAAUGUCACUCAAGUAGAUAUUAGCGUUUUUUCGUCUUGCAGUUGAUGUUCUGUGCUUCUGGUAGACAUUUUUCCAUGGGUGCGUGGCUUUUUCCCUUUUUUAACGACUCUUUUUGGCGUUUCAAAUAAUAGCACCAUGCCGAUGGAAUGGACAGCUACUGGCACUUCCAAAUGUGAAAUUCCAGGAAUUUAUUAUGGUUUCUUAACGCUAUCGUUUGUUGAUAUUACCUGGUUGUAAGCUUCGCACAUUACCUCUUAAAUAAAUAAAACUGUCAGCUC